CGAGACCGAGGAGAAGGAACCGGGAGCCGCCAGUGCCGGUCCUGUCAUAAUAAACGAGUCCCGCCCGCUGUGUGUGUGCUGUCACCUGGAGCCGGGGUGCUGGAUGGCAUGCCCGGCUCCGUGCCCACUGAUCCGGGGGCUCCCCCUGUACAUGGCGGCUGCCUGGAUGGAUGGAUGACUGUGAGGCGGGCGAUGAGAGAGAGGGAGGGAGGGAGCUGGGCAGCAGCUGGAGCCUGUGACGGGGCGAGGACGGAGGGCGCCCGGCUGAUUGGAAGGCAGUGCAGGCACGGAGAGCAGUGGAGGCGGGGGAAGUGCGAGCUCUCUGCGGGGACUGAGCCGAGUCCACGCCCGGGGCCAGCGCUGCAGAUCUGGCCGUUAUUUAAACGCAGCUCCCCGGUACUCGAGCAGAAGGAGCCGCCUAACGCGCACAGAGUCUCCUGGACGACUUGGUGCUAAGGCUUUGCCCAGUAGAGAAUGAACGGAGCAGCUGGCGACGAACAAACCAGCAUGACUGCCAUUAGUGAUCAAGAUCACUGGUCCCAGGAGGACAUGCUUACUCUCCUGGAAACCAUGAAGUCCAUUCUGCCCAGCCAGGACAUUUUAAAGUUUAAAACCACAGAGUCUCAUCUAGACUGGAACAAGCUGGCAUUUAAGAAUUAUACGGGACCCGUGUGUCGUCAGAAGUGGACUGAGAUCUCAACUGAGGUGAGGAAGUUCCGCACUCUCUCAGAAAUAAUUAUAGAUGCAGAAGAACAUGUGAAGAACCCAUAUAAAGGGAAAAAACUGAAGAAACACCCCGAAUUCCCCAAGAAGCCCCUCACACCCUAUUUCCGCUUCUUUAUGGAGAAGAGGGCCAAAUACGCUAAGCUACAUCCAGAGAUGAGUAACCUGGACCUAACCAAGAUUCUGUCCAAAAAGUAUAAAGAGUUACCAGAGAAAAAGAAGACUAAAUAUAUUCAGGAUUUCCAGAGAGAGAAACAAGAAUUUGAGAGGAACCUGGCAAAAUUCAGGGAGGAGCACCCAGACCUCAUGCAGGCUACAAAGAAAUCAGAUGUCCCUGAAAAACCCAAGACCCCCCAGCAACUCUGGUACAAUCACGAGAGGAAGGUUUACCUUAAAAUAAAGCCUGAUGCUAGUACAAAGGAAGUGAAGGAAUCUCUAGGGAAACAAUGGUCACAGCUCUCUGACAAGAAACGUCUCAAAUGGAUCCAUAAAGCAUUGGAACAGCGAAAGCAAUAUGAGGACAUCAUGCGGGAGUACAUCCAGAAACAUCCAGAAAUGAACCUUGAGGAGGGCGUUACCCGCUCCACUCUUACCAAGGCAGAGCGUCAGCUCAAAGACAAGUUUGAUGGACGGCCAACAAAACCACCUCCAAACUGCUACUCCAUGUACUGUGCAGAACUAAUGGCCAACAUGAAGGACGUCCCCAGCACAGAGCGCAUGGUCCUCUGCAGUCAGCGGUGGAAGCUACUGUCUCAGAAAGAAAAAGAUGCAUACCACAAGAAGUGUGAACAGAAAAAGAAAGAAUAUGAAGUGGAGUUAGUGCGUUUUCUUGAGAGCCUCCCAGAAGAACAACAGAAGAGGGUUCUUGCGGAAGAAAAGAUGGUGGGGGUGAACAAGAAGCCCUCACAAGCAUCAAGGGUGACUGGUCAGGAUUCUACGAAGCCAAAGAGCAGAGCAGAGAAGAAGAAAGCUCCAGAUGAGCGGGGGAAACUCCCAGAAACGCCGAAAACAGCAGAAGAAAUCUGGCAGCAGAGUGUAAUUGGUGACUACCUGGCCCGGUUUAAGAAUGAUCGAGCUAAAGCUGUCAAGAGCAUGGAGUCCACUUGGUUGAACAUGGAGAAAAAGGAGAAGAUCAUGUGGAUUAAAAAAGCAGCUGAGGACCAGAAACGAUAUGAGAGAGAACUAAGUGAUAUGAGGUCUGCUCCAGCUGCAGCAAUCCCUCCAAAAAAGAUGAAGUUUCAGGGAGAACCCAAAAAAGCCCCAAUGAAUGGUUAUCAGAAGUUCUCACAGGAGCUCCUCUCAAAUGGAGAGCUAAAUCAUCUCCCCCUGAAAGAGCGCAUGGUGGAGAUUGGCAGCCGCUGGCAGCGGAUUUCCCCCAGUCAGAAGGAAUAUUACAAGAAACUGGCAGAAGAUCAGCAGAGAGUCUACCGCAUGCAGCUUGAAACGUGGAUGAAGGGUUUAUCAUCUCAGGAUCGGGCAGCAUACAGAGAGCAGUCAACCUAUAAGCGCAAGAGUACAACGAAAACACAAGCACCCAGUCCAAAGUCUAAGGCUACAGCUCAGAGCAAGUCAGAUGAUGAUGACGACGAUGAGGAGGAGGAGGAUGAUGAUGAUGAUGAUGACGAAGACGAGGAUGAAGAUGAUGACGAGGACAAAGAGGAUUCCUCUGAUGGGGACUCCUCUGAGUCUAGCAGUGAAGAUAGUGAAGAUGCAGAAGAGAAUGAGGAUGAGGAAGAAGAUGAUGACGAUGAAGAGGAUGAAGAUAAUGAGUCCGGCUCCAGUUCUUCAUCAUCCUCUUCGGGAGACUCUUCAGAUUCUGACUCUAACUGAAGAGGAGCCACCAGCUGUGAAAAAACCAGAUCUGACAUUUUAAGGGCACCUGUCCCCCUACACUUGAGUCAUGCAAAUUUUCAGUUUGAAAGGAAACUGACUGCACGGAAACAAAAAAAGUGAAGACUUGGCGGUUUAGUAUUUUAUCCUCCCUCAUCUUGGUGUGUUUUGCCGCAGUCUCCAUUUGCACUUGUCUUGCCUUUGGCGUAUUGACAGUUAACAUAAACAGGCAAUGCCCACUUAUGUCACUUGAUUACUUAAAGGCAAUGUUCACCUUCAUAAACCAUUUUUCUUUAUCUCCCCAGUGCAUCCAAAAUGUAAAAAAA